AUUUUAGUGAAAAGGGGGGGGGGAGUAAAAUUAUAAUGUGUUUUUUCUGUUCAUUUAUUUCAUUAUGCAUUUUCUCACUUCUAACUUUUUCAUACGUAAAGUUUUAAAUCUUGAAUUGAUUCUCUAAAAUACUCCUAAAUUUUAAGAAUGGAAAAUUGCGUGUGAUAAAUCAAAUCACACAACGAAUGCUUUUGAUAGGAGAAUGUUUUUCUGGUAAAUAAGUUAACCCGGCCUGACCUGACGAAAAUUUAAAAUUCCGCUCAUAUUUUAGCGACAACUACAUAAAAAAGGUGACGGUAGAAGUUAAAUAUUUCUAGAAUAUACAAAAUUACCAAUUAAAGUGAUCGAAAAAAAACAAUUACCUAAUUUAGAUGGAAUUUGAAAAUUUGCCUUCUUCACCUUUAGACAUAAGCAUGGCUAAGAAUUACGAUCAUCUUUUUAAAGUUAUAUUAAUCGGUGAUGCUGCAGUUGGAAAAACUUGUAUUUUAUGUCGGUUUGCUCAUGAUGAAUUUAAACCUACACAUCUUUCUACUAUAGGAAUUGAUUUUAAAAUGAGAACCUUUACUGUCGAUGGUAGCAGAAUACGAAUUCAAAUGUGGGAUACAGCAGGGCAGGAGAGAUAUGAAACUAUUACAACUCAAUAUUAUAGAAGAGCUCAGGGCAUAAUGUUGGUUUAUGAUAUCACAAGAAGGAAAACAUUUGAAAACAUACAGAAAUGGAUACAUUAUGUAGAAGAGCAUGCUGGCAAUGAAGUGAAGACAGUCAUGGUUGGCAACAAAUGUGACAUAGAAGAAUCAAAACGUGAAGUAUCUUAUAGAGAGGGUGAAAAGUUAUCUCAAAAAUAUGGUAUACCAUUCCUUGAAACAAGUGCUUUCUCUAAUGUUAAUAUUGAAAAGGCAUUUACAGAAAUGUGUCAGUUAAUAUUGAGAAAUGUCAAUGCUGGUGUUGAAACUCAGAAUGAUCGAAAGCCAUCUGAAGCAGCAAUUAUUCUUAAUGCAAAUCAACCAAGUGGAGCUGAAGAACCCAGUUCUUGUUGUUUGUUUAGAUGAGUGAUGAAAUGUGUUGUAAAAGAUCAUUUCAAUGAAAACAAAUGUUUUUUACUGAAACAUUUGCAAUGCAGUUGAGUUGUGAGACAGUCAUACUUAAGUGUUACAACUUUUACCACAAAAUUGAGAACAAGUAGUGUGUUUAAACAGGCUUUUGUUGUAAUGCUUGACUUGAGUUUUUGUAAUUUGAUAUAUUUCAUCAAUCAGAUAACAUUAAAAUAUUCUUGACUUAAAAUGUCAAGUUUAGAUUUAAA